UGCGCUGUCUGCACGUGGUCCCCGGUGCAGCGGUCCCUGUGCACGCCCGCCAGCCCCAGCUCGGUGACCAGACCGAGAAGGAGCCAGAGCCCGGGGCAGUCUGCGCCUGCCCCGCAGGAGCCCCCGAAGAUGCCCCACCGCAGCCUGCAUGCAGGGGCCGUCCUCCUGCUCCUGAUCUUAAAGGAACAGCCUUCCAGCCCAGCCCCACUCAACGGAUUCAACUGGACCUAUUCUGGUCCUGACGGGGAAAAGAGUUGGCCCAAGAACUACCCAUCGUGCGGGGGCCUGAUGCAGUCCCCAAUAGACCUGCACGGUGACAUCCUCCAGUACAAUGCCAGCCUUGUGCCCCUUGAGUUCCAAGGCUACAAUGUGUCUGCCAACGAGCAAUUUACCCUGAUCAACGAUGGCCAUUCAGUGAAGCUGGAGCUGCCCGCAGGCUUGCAUAUCCAGGGCCUCCCGUCCCGCUACAGUGCCAAACAGCUGCACCUGCACUGGGGGAACCAGAAUGACCCGCACGGCUCUGAGCACAUUGUUGGUGGGAAGCACUUUGCCGCUGAGCUGCAUAUUGUCCAUUAUAACUCGGACCUGUACCCCAGCGACAUCAUCGCCAGUAACAAGUCAGGAGGCCUCGCCGUCCUAGCUGUUCUCAUCGAGAUGGGCUCCUUCAAUCCAUCCUAUGACAAGAUCUUCAGUCACCUUCAACAUGUGAAGUACAAAGACCAAAAAGUGCACAUUCCGGGUUUCAGCAUUGAAGAGCUGCUUCCCGAGAGGCCUGCUGAGUACUAUCGCUACCACGGGUCCCUGACCACGCCUCCCUGCCACCCCACGGUGAUCUGGACAGUUUUCAGGAACACCGUGCAAGUCUCCCGGCAGCAGCUGCUGGCUUUGGAGACAGCUCUGUACUUCACGCGUGAGAACGACCCAGCCCCCAGGGAAAUGGUCAACAACUUCCGGGGGGUCCAGAAGUUUGAUGAGAGGCGGGUGUACAUCUCCUUCCAACAAGAGCAAGACCUUACCUACGCAGGACUGAGUCUGGGCAUCGUCCUUUCGGGGGCCCUGGCUGGCGUCCUCGGCGUCUGCGUCAUCCUGGCAGUGUCCAUCUGGCUCGUCAGAAGGAAGAAGAGCAAAAAAGGUGGCGACAACAAAGGAGUCAUUUACAAGCCAGCCUUCAAGAAGGAGACGGAGGCCCACGCCUGA